AUGCGCUGGGCGGCAGCAACUCCGCCACCGGCGCAGGGGGGCGCGCCGCCCGCCCCGCGCCCGCGCAGCGCCGCGGCUUGGACACACCGCCCCCUCCCGGCCCUGCCCUCCGCGGGCCCCCCCCGCCCGCCCGCGGACGGCGCGCCCGCCCCCCCCCCCGGGCGGCCGCGGGGACGCUCCCGUCGCCUUUCGGGGCUCGGACCGGCGCGCGGGGGGGGCGCCCCCAUCCCCGUCCCCGUCCAUCCCCGUCCCCAUCCCUAUUCCCAUCCCUAUUCCCAUCCCCAUUCCCAUCCCCGUCCCCUCCGCCGAGCUCCGCGGGCGCGCUGUCCUGCGCGGGGCGAUCCCCCCCGCCGGUGCCUCCAUCCGCCGAGCCGGGGGUCCGCUCCCUUGCGUUCAAAAGCACAGCCAUCCCUCCCCGCAGCCCCGCCGGUCCCCGCCGGCCUGGGAGCGGAGAAGUCGCCGUGCCCCUUCCUCCCCUACCUGCGGGCCGGGCUGAGCCGAGCCCCGAACGGGCGCUUGCGGUCACAGCUGCCCCGACACUAUCGCAUCUUCCGCCCGGGCAGCGGGCCGGGAGAAGGAGAGCCCCCGGUGCAGCGGUCCCGACUGAGCUGCUGGGGGGAACGGGGGAAUGACGGGGGGGUUCCUCUGGUAAAUCCCCCUGGGGCACAGGAGACGCUGCUCCGCUGCUGUCGGACCCCCGGGGGCGGCGGGCAGCGGCUCGGCCCCCGCCGCCACGUCUCAAACUUCGGGGAAACCCGUUCCGAUUCCCCCCCUCCCGCCCCCUUUCCGCUAGGACCGGCUUUUUAUCCCGGCGAGAGAAACCCAGACCUCUCAGGAACAACCAGAAGAGCGAAACAAACAAGAAACCGCAGAAGAAAGCAUUGGAAAGGCGGCCGGGAGAUAAUCCAGGAAUGCUUCAGAUAAGGAAGGGGUGGGGGGGAACGAUUCGUGCGGAGAUACCCGAAAAGUCAGAGCUUGAUGGAACGG